AUGGCUACGGGUUCAGAGACUAAUACGUUUCAUCGUAGCACCUUGCUAGCAAAAAUUCAAAAUUUAAUCCAACUUGUCCAUGAAAGCAAAGAUGAUUUCAAGAAAAUUCUCACAGAAGAGAACGUCAAAUCACUAUACCCUCGGUACGAAAUGCUUGAUAAGUAUCGUAGCAGAUUUGAGGAGUUCAUCGAUCAAGCCAUUGAGUUUAACUCUGAAAAUCCUGAUAACGAAAUCGAUUUCCUGCCCCUACAAUCUGAAUUUAACAAGAUUCUCUGUGACUCUCAGAUGAUGUACCUAAGAGUUUCAGCUAAAAGAGUCGCCAAUGAAAAUGCAUCCGGUAAUAGCUCAACUCUUAUCAACACCACUGCCCAGAUGCUUGGGCCCAAGAUACGAUUACCCAAGCUGGAGCUAACACAUUUCUCUGGACAAAUUGAGAACUGGCGCACCUUUUACAACCUGUUCAAAGCCUCUGUUCAUGAUUCCACUCAUUUACUAGAGGUCGAAAAAUUCCAAUAUCUAAUCGGCAGUCUCCGUGGGGAUGCUCUCGCCCUGAUUAAAGGCCUAGACAUCACAGCGGCCAACUACGCUGUUGCAUGGAACCUACUGUGCAAAAGAUAUCAGAGCGAACGCCGGCACGUGUUUCAUCAUUUCACCGGCCUACUAGAUUUACCCGAGAUCAAGAACAGCAACCAGGUGCAUACUCUUCUCACCAAGCUUCGGGAGCACACUCAAGCUCUCACAGCCUUAGGCCACGAGUCCGAGUCUUAUGACGGCAUGCUCACUGCGGUGCUCAUCCGCAAGUUGUCACCUGGACUGUGGCGCCGCUUCGAAGAUUUCCGCGAGGCGGCCGAUAAUGCAUACCCCAAAUUAGCAGAAAUCAUAGCUUUCCUCGAAAAAGAGCUCAUGUUUUCUGACGACAUUUUUACCUCCCGCAAAGAGGGUGCGGCACCGGAAAAAGUCUCAAAAACCUUGGUAGCUACGUCAAGUAAUGAAAAUUCAGGCAAGAAAAAGAAAACUAAACAAGCAGACAGUGUCUUGGCCACCGCUACAGAAGCCAAAACUGAAAACCACACGCCCAAUUGCCUCAUUUGCCCUGAAAAACAUUGGCUUAAUCGCUGCCCUCUGUUUCUCCGAGACCCACCCGACAAGAGGCUAGAAACCAUCCGGAAUCACCAUCUAUGUCAGCUAUGCUUCAGCCCGAAACACGAGCUGGAUGAGUGCCCUCGCACUUUUGAUUGUCACCUUUGUCAUCAAAAACAUAGCGUCUACCUUCACGGGGCGGCGGGGCUAGCACCCAAAGAUCCUAAACCGCAGACCGAUGAAAAACCGCAUGUGGCUAUGGUCAGCUCAUCGUCCCAAGAAGAUACACUCGCAUUGCUCGCCACGGUGCAAGUCGAGGUCUGCUCAGCCAAAGGUUCGAUAAGCGUAAGAGGGAUCCUAGACUUGGCUUGCCAGUCCACUUUACUAGCCACCUCUUGUGCUAAGUCUUUGCAAUUGCCGGUGGACUCUAACUUAUUCUCCAUAGUCGGGGUUUCGGGCAACCCAGUCAAGACUCGUGGCUCCGCGCGCAUAACACUUAAAACUAAAGGGAAGGUCUUGGCGAAAAAUCAUGUCGUUACCAUAGUAGACAAGAUCAUCAACGCCACGCCUUCACGAGCCCUGUCACCAGAAAUCAGAGCGCGGCUAGCAGGUCUCCCGCUAGCUGAUGAGUUUUUUGACAAGCCGGCCGCCGCUGAGAUCCUCAUCGGUGUGGAUCUUCUACCUAGACUGCUUUGCGGUGAGACAAUAUUUCUCGGCGAGGGUUUCCCUACGGCUCUCAAAACAAAGAUGGGCUAUGCUCUUUUUGGGCCGGCGCCUAUACUCAAAGAGACAAACGUACUGAUGGUAAGCGCUUUGAACGAAGCCGAAGCAGCCAACACAGAAUCAUUACAAGAAUCGUUACAAAAAUUCUGGGAAGUGGAAGAACCACGACCCUCAGCGCCGAUCUGUCCUCCAGAUCAUCCUGCAGAGAUUCUUUUCAGGGAAACGACGAUUAGAUUGUCUUCUGGCAGGUACCAGGUUAGACUCCCGUUCGCGGAGCCUCCGGAAACCCUUGGGGCUUCGUUUCCUCAGGCGCUCACGCGCUUCAGAAAUCUAGAACGACAAUUUCGGUCUAAACCAGACUUUAAAGAGAAUUAUGCAAAAAUGAUACAAGGUCACAUGGACGCAGGGCAACUAACUCCCGCCCCCCCGGGCGUAUUAGAUGGCACCCACUACGUGAUGCCUCACUCAGCAGUAAUUAAAGAAACCUCGUCCACGACAAAAUUUCGUAUCGUAAAUGACGCAAGUGCUAAGACUUCAAGCGGUGUCUCGUUAAACGACAUACUACACGUCGGCCCAAACAUACUCAAGGAUAUCCGAGAGGUAAUCUUAAAUUUCCGGCGUCACAGCAUAGUAUUCUCGUGCGAUAUCAGGCAGAUGUACCUACAAGUCGCCCUUCAUCCUGACGACCAACGUUAUCACCUAAUAAUCUGGAGGUUCCACGAAACUGAGCCGCUUAGAUUAUACCAGUACACAAAUGUCACCUUCGGGGUAGCCAGCUCUGCUUUUCUGGCGGUCCGCACGCUUCGCGAGCUGGCCAGCCAACACAAAGAGCAAUUUCCCAACGCCUACAAGGUAAUCAUGGACGAAAUUUACGCCGAUGACGCGGCCACAGGAUCGGACACUUUGGAAAAUACCGUUCAGUUACGUCAAGAGCUAAUUGACCUGUUAGCUUUGGGAAAGUUUCAGCUCAGAAAAUGGUUCAGCAACGACCCCCGACUGUUAGACGGCAUACCAUCAGAGCAUCUGGAGGUUCCAUCGGGAUGGAAUUCAGGAGACUCGCCCGCCUUUUCCAUUUUAGGAAUACGUUGGCUACCCAGACAAGACGUGUUUCUUUACAAAGUCAACACCAUUGAACGCCCAUUCACGAAAAGGGGAGCUCUGUCGCUCAUAGCCACAAUUUUUGACCCCUUAGGCUGGCUAGCUCCAGCCGUUCUACCGGGAAAAAACCUAAUCCAGCAUCUUUGGCUCCAGAAAAUCGGAUGGGAUGAACCAUUACCCACACACCUACACACUAUGUGGGGAAAAUUUCUAGCCGAACUUCCAGCCUUAGAAGAGAUCCGAAUCCCCCGUCAUUUUUGCCCUCAGGGGCGUUCAAUCCAAGUCAUGGGUUUCAGUGACGCGUCACUGCUUGGAUACAGCGCAGUAGUCUACGCCCGAUUCACCGAUGCCAACGGACAGCUGGAUACCGCUCUAAUUGCAGCCAAAACGAAGGUCGCACCUCUCAAAAUGCUGUCCAUACCCAGGUUAGAGCUGUGCUCGGCAUAUCUGCUCACCACCCUCUUAGAAUUCAUCCAACCGAUAUUAAGCAAGAACUACCAAAUCGAGAAAGUAACUCUGUGGUCAGACUCGAGUGUUACAUUACAGUGGAUUCAGACCCCCCCUCACAAGCUAAAAACAUUUGUCGCCAAUCGCGUGGCCCACGUUCAAGAAAGGUUCCCGAACGCUGAGUGGCGUUACGUGAAAUCAUCAUUAAACCCAGCGGACAUCGCGUCGCGUGGCGUCAGCGCCCCGCAGCUAGUAGCCAACGAGCUGUGGUGGAAAGGGCCACCUUUCCUCAAAUGA